ACCCCCCGCGCUGCCUCCGCCGUUCCCCGCCCCCUCGACUCUGGGGCUGCCCUCGUCGCUGCCUGACCCAAGGUCCGGCAGCUUCUACUUUUCCGGCCCCCGCCGAGGGACCGAGGCGGCCCACCCCGGGGGAACGGGUGCGGUCGGGACACGUGGUCGUUUCGGAGCAGGUUGGAGUGAGCAGCGGGCGGCGCUGCGGGGACAGGCGCGGCGGGCAGCCCCAGGGGCAGCGGCAGGGUCCUGGCGGGGGGAGGACAGGGUUGCGGCGGGCGGAACGGUGUCUCCUUCACUUCGCCCUCCAGCCGCGGCAGCUGCAGCCCGACGCCGAGCGAGCCGAGCGGCCUCAGCUGCUAGCGGAGCGGCAGCGGCGCCUUCCCUUCCCCCCCUGGAGACCACCAGAUCACCUCUCCCCACGGCCUCGCCAUGGCGACCUACGGACAGAACUGCGCGCGGCCAAUGUGUAUUCCUCCAUCAUAUGCUGACCUUGGCAAAGCUGCCAGAGAUAUUUUCAACAAAGGAUUUGGUUUUGGGUUGGUGAAACUGGAUGUGAAAACAAAGUCCUGCAGCGGCGUGGAAUUCUCAACAUCUGGUUCAUCUAAUACAGACACUGGUAAAGUUACUGGGACCUUGGAGACCAAAUAUAAAUGGUGUGAGUAUGGUCUGACUUUCACAGAAAAGUGGAACACUGAUAACACUCUGGGAACAGAAAUCGCUAUUGAAGACCAGAUUUGCCAAGGUUUGAAACUGACAUUUGAUACCACCUUUUCACCAAACACAGGAAAGAAAAGUGGUAAAAUCAAGUCUUCUUACAAGAGGGAAUGUAUAAACCUUGGUUGUGAUGUUGACUUUGAUUUUGCUGGACCUGCAAUCCAUGGUUCGGCCGUCUUCGGUUAUGAGGGCUGGCUUGCUGGGUACCAGAUGACCUUUGACAGUGCCAAAUCAAAGCUGACAAGGAAUAACUUUGCAGUGGGCUACAGGACUGGGGACUUCCAGCUACACACUAAUGUCAAUGAUGGUACAGAAUUUGGAGGAUCAAUUUAUCAGAAAGUAUGUGAAGAUCUUGACACUUCAGUAAACCUUGCUUGGACAUCAGGAACCAACUGCACUCGCUUUGGAAUUGCAGCUAAAUAUCAACUGGAUCCCACUGCUUCCAUUUCUGCAAAAGUCAACAACUCUAGUUUAAUUGGAGUGGGCUAUACUCAGACUCUGAGGCCUGGUGUGAAGCUUACACUGUCUGCCCUGGUAGAUGGGAAGAGCAUUAAUGCUGGAGGCCACAAACUUGGGCUUGCCCUGGAAUUGGAGGCUUAAUUCAGCUGAAAGAAACCUCUGGAAAUGGGUAUCAGAAGAUUUGGCCUUAAUAUAUUUCCAGUGUGACCAGCAGGCUUCCCCCCGCACCCCCUGAAGGUGAUCAAAACAAAGGAUGAUCUAAACAAGAGCUGUAUUUUAAAUAUUUAGACAGUUACUUGUUAGCUGGUUUCUAGUUGAAUUGGUUGUCUAUCUAGUUACCAAUACUGCAGUCAUGCAGUCACCUAUACAUUAUUUAAAUGUAUUUAACUGUUAAAUGCGCUACCCACCAAUAAUGAAAUAGACAUUUAUGAAAACUGUGCAGCUGUGUGCAUGUUUGUUUUUAUGCUCCUUUUAAUGUUGAAUAUUGCCGUUGAAUGAGAUGGAUCAGUGGAUGUCUUAAGGUUAAGAUUUUUUGUUAAAUUCAACCAUCAUUAGAAUUACUUUUGGUAUCCUGAAACAUUACAAAUUAUGAAUAAAAUGAGUAUACGUUA